CAGGCCCGGCUGGUGACGUCACAAUACGGCUGUUAAUGUAUCUGGUGAAGGAGUAGUGGAGACAGUGCCAUUGAUCUCGGUACUGCAGGUUAAAAUUACUGUGAACACAAAGACACAUUGGCUUAAGAUUUACUCCACACCCUACCCCACAGACCCAGUUACAUUCAUCUAAUAUCUGACGUGACUCAAUAAUGAUGAACAAAGACAAGAAUCAGAUGGCUGAGAAGAUUUUGGAUCUAACACUGGAGAUCAUCUAUUUACUGACUGGAGAGGAUUACGUCAUUGUGAAAAAGCAUGAUGAACCUAUGACAUGUAGCAGCACUAGACCUUACUCUCUGACAUAUGAGAGAAAAAUGGACAAGAAGAUCCUGCAACUGACCAGCAAGAUCAUCCACCUGCUGACUGGAGAGGAGUGGGACUAUAUAGAAGAAACUGAUGAUUACAAGGACGUGAUGAUGGGGAAUAACCAGCCACUUAGUACACUGGGUGUAAAUGAAGAUCAGCAUGGCAUAAAAAACGAGCAAAAAGUAUUUCAACGGUUACACAAAACAGAGAAGAGACACUACAAGCCAAUGGCCAAAAAGAAGGGAGAUACUAGCUCUUGUGACGAAGGAAAUCUCACAGACGGAGAUGCGUCUUCACCCACAAGACAUACAUUAAAUAAUAAGGUGGAAUUUGGCUCAAGAAGAGAGACACAGUCUGAAGAACUUUCUAUACCCACAAAAGAUGGCUCUACAGCUCUUAAAAAUGAAACGGUUUCCUCUGAAUUAGAGAAUAUUUUGGAUACCGAGAUACAAUAA